GUGUUUGUAAUUGUAUCAUUUGGUUUUAUUUAGAUAUUUAGAAUUAGGCGAUUUUCUCAGAAGAAUAAACAUUCUUAGGUUCAUAUUUGUGUUAUGAUAGAUUUUAUAGCAAUAUGUCUAACAUGAAUUCAAAGAGAGGUAAAAAAACCAUGGGGAAUAAACAUUUUCCUAUAGCCGAAUCUGUAAGCAUUGCAUUAAAAAUACAGCUAGAUAAAUUUCUAAAUGACGAAAAUGAAACAGAAUUGAAGUUCCCAACUUUCCUGUCGGCUCAAGAGCGAGGUUUCAUUCAUGAGACAGUGGCUAAAUUGGGUCUAAAAUCGAAAUCGCGCGGGAAAGGAGUGAAUCGUUAUUUAACGAUAUACAAACGCGUGGGAUCCACGAUCAUACAAAAUGAUGCAAAACUCAUACUGGACUCUAACAUGAGAUGUAGUAUUGUGGAGAUGUUAUCUUCAUUUCCUUUGACUAACAAAGAGAGAGAUGACUUAAGUGUAGGACCAGAGAAGGAGAGACAACCUCAGUUAACACAUAAAGUGCUUGGUCAAUUGAAUAAUGGAGUGGCACAGAUUCCAAACACAACAUACAACCCUGAUUUAUUGAAAUUCAGAGAAAAGCUGCCAGUUUAUGAACAUCGACAGGAACUUCUCAAUGCCAUAUCUCAUAACCAGGUGAUAGUAGUAGCAGGUGCUACAGGCUGCGGUAAGACGACACAACUGCCCCAACUGGUGCUGGACUGGUGCCAAGAACAGAAGCAACCUGCUCGGAUAUACUGUACUCAGCCACGCAGGAUAUCAGCCGUCUCUGUCGCUGAGAGGGUAGCUUUUGAACGUAUGGAGAAGAUAGGUCAGUCGAUAGGGUAUCAGAUCAGACUGGAGUCCCGCAUCAGCCCCCGCACUGUGCUCACAUACUGCACCAACGGAGUGCUGCUCCGCACCCUCAUGGCUGGAGAAAACUCACUUGCAGGCGUGACUCACAUCUUCGUGGACGAGGUGCACGAGCGGGACAAGUUCAGCGACUUCCUGCUGAUAGCGCUGCGCGACGCGCUGCCGCGCUGCAAGGACCUCAAGCUCAUGCUCAUGUCCGCCACCUGCGACACGCAGAUAUUCUCCAGGUACUUCAACAACUGCCCCGUGGUGAGCAUCCCGGGAAGUGUGUUCUAA